AACAGGUAUAAUUUAGAACAAAAAAAUGCAUAGGAUCUAAGACAGAAACCAAAAAAUAAAAGUUUUUAUCUGACUAACAUAUAUGAAAAAACAUGCAUAGUAACACCAUAUUAGAGUAUCAUACUGUUUCAUUUAUGUUACAAUAUAACAACAGCAACAACAACAACAACAACCAAAAAAGAAAAACUUUUUUUUUCUUCAGGAAUUUUACAACCUACAAUGUUACAUUUUAAUGUGCAUGAAUUACCUUCUGUUUUUUUUUGGUAUGGAAAAACAAACAAUCAAAAACAAUCAGUCAUUCAUAUAACUGGUAACAAAAUCAUUUUAAUCAAACUGUAUAAAUCAUAAUUCAAAUAAGAGACAAUAAGAGAUUAGUUACUAUACCAUAUUAAAUUAUUGAAUAAAGAUGAUAUUAUUAUCACAAAUACAAAAGUAUUGGAACACACUAUUUAUUGUAUUCAAUAUACUACUUAUUGUAAGUAAUAUUAUUCAAUCAUAUAAUUAAAAUAAUAAUGAAGAUAUUUGAUUUAGCCUUAUUAAUAUUACCUUUCAGAAUAUUAACUAUCCUAUCGAAUUAUAAUAUAAUUUUAGAUUUUUUUAAACCAGUUGUAUAUCCAGUGAUUAUUUGUAGUGGAUUUCUUGGUUUAUUAAGUAUAUUCAUUGGAUUUAUUGGGAUAUGGAAGAAGAAAAAUAUCUUGAUUUGCAUGCAUAUUAUUGGAUUGAUUAUUGCAACAAUUAUUGAAAUUUCUAUAUCAAUUAGUUCAAGUGUAUCAAAUAAUCAAUAUUUUAAACCAGCAAAUCAAUCCUUAUGGAAUUCGUUACAAUAUUAUCAGAAACAUCCAGUUUAUGAAAAUCAAUUUGAGAAUUUACAAAAAGAUUUUGAAUGUUGCGGUGUUAGAUCAUCAAAAGAUUAUGUUAAACUUGUAGAUUAUUUACCAGUUUCUUGUGAAAAAGGAAAUGCGAUUCAUCUAAAAGGUUGUGCUGAAGCAUUAUAUCAAUAUAUAGAACAAUCUGUUAUAGUAAUAAUAUAUAUAUGCAUUGCAUUCGCUAUUAUUAAAGCAAUCUAUUUGGCUAUUUCAAUUCUUGUUUAUCGUAAAUCGGAUAAGAAUAAUUUAUCUAUAUAGAAUAAUAAAUAACAAUAUUGAUGGAUAUAAUGGAAUCAGAUAGAUAUGUACUUCAUAUUAUUGAUCUUUUUUUUAAAACAAAGGGGGUGGGGGAAUAUAAUAAAACUGACCAAGAUACUAUUACACUUCAUUUCAUUCUUUUUUCUUAAAUGUUAACUUACAUCAUCAUUCCUAUAUGUUAAUUGACAGAAGAUUCACUUUUUUUUGUUGCAAAAUCAUUUAUACUACUCAAAACAGUAAUAUAAAUUAUAAAUAUAUGACUUCUUAAUUGA